GGGGCGCAGCCCGGCCCCACCCGAGUACAGUCCGGGAGGCGGGGGCCACUGGACCGAGGUCGGGGGCGAGGGCGCAGGAGCCGCGAACAGGCACCCACCGCUUGCCCUUCAAUGGGACAGAGUCCACUUCUCCGGACGCCCCCUAUAGUGCGUUUCUCCGCGGUCCCCUUCCCGAAUCGGGCCUUUCUCUAAAUAUCCAGCCUCGGGAAAGGGCCUGGAAAGAGAGUGGCAGAUCCUACCACAAAGCUUACCGGCCGGUUUCACGCGAAGCAAAACAGCCCUUCUUCCCGUUUUCUCGGAAGAGCGCCGGGUCUACAACUGUUAGAGGUGGCUUUUACGCACGAAACCUCCGUCCAAAGGCGUUAGACGAGACGACCUGCCGGCGACACCUUUGCGGAGUCUCCUCCGAGGCGGGCUUGUCACCUGCUCCGCUACCCCCUCGGGGAGACAAGAAAACAGCAGAAGUUUGGCUUUCGAGAGAAGUGGGGGCUGGGGAGGGGGGCGCGCUGAGGCCAGAUGGGGCCGUAAGCGCUCGGGAGUGCUCCAUCCUGUCGGACAGGUUGAGCUAGAGUUUCGGAGAGUGGGAGGGAGGGAGGCGGAGAGCGGGAAGAGGAAGAAGACGCAGGCAGCGCGAGGCGUGCGCCUGGGCCCCGGGAGAAAGGCGAGCGGUGGCUGCGGGGACGCGCGAGAGCCGUGCGUCCGGGGCACCUCGAGGGGCUGCUCCCGUUUGCAGGCCCGGACACCUCCGCUAGGGGGCGACGGCGUCCUGUCUGUCCGGGUCCCCCAGCCCCCGCUCCCGCUACCCCUGUGACCCGGGGACACAUGGCGACACGUCCUUUCAGAAUUAAGUCGGACAGCCCUGGGGCCAGGGAACGUGCACAGGAUCGCCACGACGCGAGCAGCAAUGGGAACCCGCGCCUGCCUCACCUCUCCUCUGCCGGGCAGCAUCUCUACAGCCCCGCGCCGCCCCUCUCUCAUACCGGAGUCGCCGAAUACCAGCCGCCCCCCUACUUUCCGCCUCCCUACCAGCAGCUGGCUUACUCUCAGUCGGCCGACCCCUACUCGCACCUUGGAGAGGCGUACGCCGCUGCCAUCAAUCCCUUGCACCAGCCCGCGCCCACCGGCAGCCAGCAGCAGGCCUGGCCGGGCCGCCAGAGCCAGGAGGGGGCCGGCCUGCCCUCGCACCACGGGCGCCCGGCCGGCCUGUUGCCCCAUCUCUCCGGACUGGAUGGCGGCGCGGUGAGCGCACGCAGGGAGGCCUACCGACGCUCGGACCUGCUACUGCCCCACUCGCACGCCCUGGACGCCGCGGGCCUGGCCGAGAACCUGGGGCUCCACGACAUGGCACACCCGAUGGAGGACGUGCAGAAUGUGGACGACCAGCACCUACUUCUGCAUGAUCAGACAGUUAUUCGCAAAGGUCCUAUUUCCAUGACCAAGAACCCCCUGAGUCUCCCUUGUCAGAAGGAGCUGGUGGGGGCUGUGAUGAAUCCCAGCGAGGUCUUCUGCUCAGUCCCUGGAAGACUGUCCCUCCUCAGCUCUACAUCUAAAUACAAAGUGACAGUUGCUGAAGUCCAGAGGCGGCUGUCCCCGCCUGAGUGCUUAAAUGCCUCAUUACUGGGAGGUGUUCUCAGAAGAGCCAAGUCUAAAAAUGGUGGCCGGUCCUUGCGGGAGAAGUUGGAUAAGAUUGGGUUGAAUCUUCCAGCCGGGAGACGGAAAGCGGCUCACGUCACCCUCCUGACGUCUCUUGUGGAAGGUGAGGCAGUUCAUUUGGCUCGGGACUUUGCCUAUGUCUGUGAAGCAGAAUUUCCUAGUAAAUCUGUGGCUGAGUAUUUAACCAGACCUCAUCUCGGUGGGCGGAAUGAGAUAGCAACUAGGAAGAACAUGCUGUUGGCCGCACAGCAAGUGUGUAAAGAAUUUACAGAUCUUCUCAAUCAAGACCGAACUCCCAACGGGAACAACCGACCCACCCCAGUCCUGGAGACCAACAUUCAGAACUGCUUGUCUCAUUUCAGCCUGAUUACCCAUGGGUUUGGCAGCCAGGCCAUCUGUGCUGCAGUGUCUGCCGUGCAGAACUACAUAAAAGAGGCCCUGAUAGUCAUAGACAAAUCCUACAUGAAUCCCGGAGACCAGAGUCCAGCCGAUUCUAGCAAAACCCUGGAGAAGUUGGAGAAGCACAGGAAGUAAAAUGAGGGGGUGGUGAACCAAGGGCCGAAGAGUUUGGAAGGAAAAGGACUCCCAGAUCAUCUCGACCAGGACAGACUGGGAACCCCACUUACCUGGGGGGCAGCGUUGUUACCCACCUUCCCAUGAAAAAGGGCCUCUGUCGAUUUCCAGCUCUUCACGUGCCCUCCUGGAUUCCUUAGUGUUUAGGGAGUGCUGAAGUGUCUCCUUAACUCUGGACGAGAUAUUGGAAGUGCUGGUUCUUUACUCAUUAAGCUUAUAUUUUAUUUUUUUGGAACCCCAUUCUUCCUUACUCUGGAAGUGGUGCUACAAGUUUUCGAACCUUUUAAAUAAAUCCCCGGGCUAACAAAAACUCACAUUCACUCAGCUGUUGAAAGGUCAAAUUGAUGGGAUUCAGAUCAACAAUAACUUUUAGUGUUGAGGUGAAAGUAUUUAUGUAGUUUCUUUAGACUUGUCCUGCAUACCGAUAGGAGGCAAGGAUUCUGUCCACCUAGCAACUGGUUAAUAGGUGGCAUUUGUAACACUUUAAAACCCCUUGUUCAAAGGGGCCCUUCGGGUUUUACGAAACUUGUAGAAACAAAGCCUGCUGAUGACUUUAUGUUUUUUCUUUUUAAAAAAAAAAAAAAACUUUGAAAGUUAACUCUUCAAGGAGGAGACUCUUUGAAAUGACAUUCCUUUAAGGUAUGGAAGCUUUAUUUUGCAUAUUUAUUUCACAUCUUAGUGAAACUUGAAAAGGGUAGGCAUGGAGCAUUUUUUUUUUUUUUUUUUGCUGUCUGUCAUCCCCCAGUCCCAGAGGAGGCUCUGUAUUUUGAGAAACUGCGUUGAGUGUACAGAUUUUAUUUAUGCAUAAUUUAAUGGGGUCUGUAAAUAUGGGUGCACUUCUUAUGACUUUUUGAGAAAUGGGAUUCGAUUUUAAUAUUAACUUUUAAAGGUGACGGGGUAAUCUAAGACACAUCUUUAGGUUUUAUUCGUAUGUACACAGGGUAUUAAGAGUUAAGAGGAUCUUCAGCUCUGUUCUUGACUCUGGAAGACUCUUAUUUAAUUGAAGCUGUCUGUCCACAAAGCAAUAACUUUGUCUUGUUCCUGUUGGGCUGACCCCCCGAAGAGGUACAGUUCAAGGUACAGUGCGUGUGGGUGAAAAUGGAGUUUUGGAAUUGAACUCCUUGCCUGUAAAUGUUCCCUAAAUAAUUGUUGUGUAUAUGAAACCUGUAUAAUAAAAAGUAUUCUCGAUAGAAGCUGUGAAA